AUGUUUUUCCGAUUUCUCGCGACGGUGUCCCUCCUAAAUCAAAUUAGAAAUUCUCAUGCAGCCCCAGCGAGCGAGAUUGAUAGAUAUCCUAUUGCACCUGCAAUUCGGAUUCUACACCAAUUUCCCAAUCUAACGUCAAUCGAAAACAUCGCUGCUCGUCCCAACGGCAAGCUACUGUUGACUCCUCUCACUUCAUCAUCUGUUUACUCACUAGACCCGACUUCACCUGCUGUUGCAAAUAUUAUCUAUACAUUCCCAAACGCAAACACGCUGCUCGGCAUCACGGAAUAUGAACCUGAUGUUUUUGCGGUGGUCGCGGGACCUGAUGGAUCGAACCCUGCUAUACCUUGGGUGAUUUGGAGCCUAGAUUUUCGAAAGUGCGUCACAGGAAACGAUGUCCCAGAGGCUCAUAAGAUUGCAACAUUACCAAAAGCGUUACUUGUCAAUGGAUUAACACAUCUCGCACCCGGAAGCCCUUGGAUCCUCGCAGCUGAUUCUCAGCUCGGAGUUAUAUGGCGCAUUAACACUAAGACUGGAAGAUAUGAGAUUGCCAUUUCGGAUCUUUUGCUGGCACCAGGCACAGCAUUUGGUAUUACUUUAGGGGUAAAUGGUAUUCGAAUAUCUGGACAUCAUCUCUCCUUCACCAACAGCCUACUUGAAGGCGGUCUAUUUGCGAAGAUACCCAUCAAUCUAAUCACGGGUGCGCCACUUGGGAACGCUACAAUCAUAGCUCGCAAUGGUGUUUGUGAUGACUUCGCUAUAGAUACGAAGGGAAAUGCCUGGGUUACGCAAAAUGUUCUAAACGGAGUUCAACUCAUCAAACCAGACGGGAGUUUUAGUGUAGUUCUAGGAGGGCUGAAUAGUACUGUUUUCGAAGGGGCUACGAGUGCAGUAUUUGGAAGGACGGUAAAGGAUAGGAAAACAUUGUAUGUAUCAACGAAUGGUGGGUCGGGGAUUCCGAUUCCUGGGACGUUUAGAGUUGGUGGAACGGUUGUUGCUGUUGACACAACUCGAAUUGGCGGCUAA